GCUGUAGCUAGGGGGAGACAGCGGCAGUUGCAGGCCCAUACACACAUCACACAGAGAGGCUGGGACAGGAAGAGGUAGUGCUGGCUGAGCUUCACUGUCUGGCUCCAGGGGUGCAAGUGAUCUGGAGGGGCACAGUAUGGCCACAAAGGCUAAAGUUUUGUAUGAUUUUGUUGCUGAACCUGGAAAUAAUGAGCUAACUGUGAAAGAAGGGGAAGUGAUCACAAUUACCAAUAAGGAUGUUGGUGGAGGAUGGAUAGAAGCAACAAAUAACCAAGGUGAAAGGGGGCUGGUACCAACAGAUUAUGUUGAGUUACAGUCAGAUGGAGCUCCUUCCACUAAUUCAGCUGUAGAUUUGGCCUUUUUUGAUUCCCUUUCUGGAAGUACGUCUCAGAAUGCUUCAACCAAUAAUGGAGAACAGACACAAGCUACAAAUGACCCCUGGUCAAGCUGGAAUCCACCUAAGCCUUCUGCAACCAACAAUUCGGGUGAUCCCUGGGGUGCAAAUCAGAAAAAUUCUUCAUCGGACCACUGGGAUUCUGCAUUUGGUCAUCCACAGGCUUAUCAGGGUCCAGGAGCUGUUGAUGAUGACGAGUGGGACGAUGAUUGGGAUGACCCUAAAUCCUCACCCCCUGGUUUCCUUGGCUACAAAGAUUCAGAGACCUCGGAUGCAGGAACAGCUCAGAGGGGAGCAGGAAAGCAAAGCUCAAUGAAGAUACCUCUUAACAAAUUUCCUGGAUUUGGAAAGUCUGGAAUUGAACAGUAUCUGUUAUCUAAACAAACAACGAAAACCAAAGAAAAAAUUCCCAUUAUUAUAGGAGAUUAUGGGCCAAUGUGGGUCUACCCUACUGCAACAUACGACUGUGUUGUAGCUGAUCCACGUAAGGGAACCAAGAUGUAUGGUCUGAAAAGCUAUAUAGAAUAUCAGCUAACACCAACAAGCACAAAUCGGGCAGUGAACCACAGAUAUAAGCACUUUGACUGGCUGUAUGAGCGUCUCUUGGUGAAGUUUGGCUUAGCUAUUCCCAUUCCUUCUCUUCCAGACAAACAAGUCACAGGUCGUUUUGAAGAAGAAUUUAUCAAGAUGCGUAUGGAGAGGUUACAAGCUUGGAUGUCUCGCAUGUGCCGGCAUCCUCUUGUGUCAGAGAGUGAUGUUUUCCAGCAGUUUCUUAAUUUUCGAGAUGAGAAGGAGUGGAAGACCGGAAAAAGGAAAGCAGAGAAGGAUGAACUAGUUGGCAGUAUGAUUUUUACCACAAUCGAACCUGAAGCACCUGACUUGGAAUUUAUCGAAGUAGAACAGAAGUGUGAAGCAGUCAGCAGGUUCACCAAAUCAAUGGAUGAUGGUGUGAAGGAUUUACUUAAUGUAGGCCAGGAGCACUGGAAGCGAUGCACAGGACCAUUACCCAAGGAGUAUCAGAAGAUUGGGAAAGCAUUACAGAACUUGUCUCAAGUUUUCGGUACCAGUGGCUACCAAGGGGAAACUGAUUUAAACAACGCUAUAACAGAGGCUGGGAAAACAUAUGAAGCAAUAGCCAGCCUGGUGGAAGAGCAGCCGAAAAAAGAUCUUCAUUACCUGAUGGAAACCAAUCAUGAGUACAAGGGCUUUUUAAGCUGCUUUCCAGACAUUAUCUCUGCUCACAAGGCUGCCAUUGAAAAAGUGAAGGAAAGUGAUAAAUUGGUGGCUACCAGUAAAAUUACACAGCAGGAAAAGUUAAACAUGGUGAAGAGAGUGAGCACAAUGUCAUUUGCACUUCAAGCUGAGAUGAAUCAUUUUCACUCAAAUCGAAUUUAUGAUUAUAACAGCGUCAUUCGCCUGUACCUGGAACAGCAGAUUGAGUUUUAUGAAACAAUUGCUGAAAAGCUAAAACAAGCACUUGCCCGUUUUCCUGUCAUGUAAAUUAUCCGACAAUAAUCCAUUUUUGGAAGUGCCUUUCUAUGUGUUCUAUGUGCUGCCCACAGAAGGAUGAACUGGCAAAUAACUUUUCAAAUACAGAAGAUGUGUGUACAUUAAGUGAAAUGGUCACGUUAUAUUUUUCAUAAAAGAGCUUUUCCCAGUGCACUUAAAUAUAACAGUUUAUUAAAUGCAUGUCUGUUUAAUAUCCAAACAUUGUACAGAACAUCACGGCCUUCUGUUUUUCAGCCAAGUCUCUGCAAAAAGACAAACAUCCUAUACAGUUAUUAUGAGGAAUCUAUACUAGAAAGAGCCUCAGGUCCCUUUUGUACCAUCUUGCCGAAGACUACCAGGGCUGCCUGUUGAUUGGACCCUUAAUUCUCUUUCCGAAAUUUUUGAAAUUUGAAAAAUUGGAAUGCAUUCUACUUGCUAACACUAAGUGCAAUUAAGUAGAAAAAUGUAUGUAGUCACAGCGAAUAAUGAUUUCUAGUUGUGCUAUGUUCCUUGUACAAUCUACGUUAUACACACAAUUGUCUUGUUGCAACUGCAUUUUCCUUAUGUUUAAUUAACCUUUGUUGUGCAACUCAGGUAAAAAAAAAAAGUUUCUUUUUUAUUAAUAAACAAGGGAAACUUAUA